AUGUGCAGAACAGAUUUCAUACAUUUCAAGCCAGAAGAUAUCAGGCAGGAUCCAAUAAUCAUUCCUGGGAAAGGUAUUGUCAGAAUCCUGGAAGCAGUAGUGGUUGGAUUCAUGACCCUAGAAUUACUCCACCUGAAUAUAAUUCCUAUAAGUUUUCAAGUGCAUUUGAAAAGAUUUGGAAUACAUAAAGGUCGUUUACAUGAAAAUAGCAGAGAUUCUAUUGUAAACCAUUUAAGAAAUAAGCAGUAUGAAUCCAAUGAAAUACAGUUGUGUAGAAAUCAGGAAAAUGAAAAGUCAACUUUAAACCAAGGAGGAAGCCCAAGUACAAGUGAGAAUUCAAAUUUUGAGUCAAAUGAUUAUAUAAAUGGUGAAAAAAUUUUUAAGUAUGGUCUUGUUCAUUGGACUGAUUGUAAAUGCAAAAUGAAGAUAAACAAAAAUUUGGUGUGGAAACGAUCAGGACUGUCAAAGUUUCUUAAUAGUAACAUAUAUAUACUCAAAGGCUGUUUGGGUUUAAAAAAAAUUGUACCAAGGAAAAUAGGUAAUUGGGUGCAAAGCCAAGAAACUAUACCCAAAUCAACUACCAAUUUUAGAAUAAGUGUUUAGAGUGCUAAUAGUCAUAGACAGCAAGAAGAUACUGUGAUACAUUCAAAAUUUAAUUAUGGUGCAAGUGAAUCCAUAGUAUCACGAGAACAGCAAGAAGGCCUGAUUCUCUUAAAUCAGAGAACAGGAAGUGACGAAAGUGAUAAAGCAACCAAGACAGAUAACCUGUAUCUAAAAGUACAGGAGGAAAAUAGGCCAGUUGGUCAUCAGAUAGAAGAAAAUUGUGUAGAUCUGUGUCUGGGUUCACCAGUAACUACUGUUAAAAAAAAUUUCAAGAUGACUCACAAUGAUGGCCCCAGCUCCAAGGUUUCAAGAUUGCCCACAGAAAUGAACACCAGCACUGAAGCGACUCACAAAGAUGGCACCAACCCAAGUUUCAAGGCAACUCUCAAAGAAUCCACCAGUUCCAUGGUGAUCCAGAAACAUAAGGAUACCAAGGUGACUCAUGCAGGUAACUCUAGUAUAAAGGUCACCCCUAAAGAUGACCCCAGUCCCAGUAUGGCUUAUAUAAGUACCAGCUCCAUGCAAAUAACAAACAUGGUACCUAUUACAAGGAGACUCACAGAAAUGGCACCAGUUCUAAGAUGUCAUCAGUUCCAAGGCAGCUCCACAAAGAAUCUACCAGUUCCAUGGUUUCCCCGAAACAUGGCAAGGAUACCAAGGCGACUCACAAAGGUAACAUUAGCUCGAAGGUGGCUCACAAAGAGACACUAUUUCCAAUAUUCACAAGAUGAUGCUGGUUCCAAGGUGACUCCUAAAGAUGACACAGUUUCAAGAUUGCCCACAGAAAUGACACCAGCACUGAGGCGACUCACAAAGAUGGCACCAACUCCAAGGGGGACUGACAAAGAUGACCCCAAAGCUCCAUGGGGAUUCACAAAGAUAAUACCGUUCCAAGAGACUCACAAAAAUGAUACCAGCUCUAAGGUGACUCAUAAAGGUGACACCAGCUCCAAGAUGAAUCACAAAAAUGACACUAGCUCAAAGAGGGCUCAUAAAGGUAAGACUAGUUCCAAGAGGGACACAAGCUCCAAGUUAACAAUCGAAGAUGACACCAUUUCCAAGGUGACUGAAAAGGAUGACACCAGUUCUAAUGUGAUUCUCAAAGAUGACACCAUUUUCAAGGCAAUUUCCAAAGAAUCCACCAGUUCUAUGGAACACGAAGAUGACUCCAGUUCCAAGGGAGCUCAUAAAGACCCCACCAGUUCUAUUGGUACGAAGGUGACUCACGAAGGUGUCUCUCAAAGAUGUCAUCAGUUCCAAGCAGCUCACAAAGAAUCUACAGUUCCAUGGUUACCCAGAAACAUGGCAAGGAUACCAAGGCGACUCACAAAAGGUAACAUUAGCCGGGAAGGUGGCUCACAAGAUGACACUAUUUCCAAUAUUCACAAAGAUGAUGCUGGUUCCAAGGUGACUCCUAAAGAUGACAGCAGUUCCAAUAUAACUCGCAAAGAUGAUGCCGAUUCCAAGGUGACUCAUAAAGAUGAAACCAGUUCCAAGGUAACUCAUAAAGAUAGCACCAGUUCCAACAUGAUUCACAGAGGUGAUGUCAGUUCCAAGGUAGCUCAUAAAGACGACACCAGUUCCAAUAUGACUCAUAAAAAUGAUGUCAGUUCCAAGUUGACUCACGAAGAAGACCAUAAGGCAACUAACGAAGAUGACACCAGUCACAAGGUGCCUUACAGAGAUGACACAAAUUCAACUAUAUCCCAGGGGGAAAGUGACAUCAGUUUAAAGGUUAUUCAUAUAAAGAAUAAAGGUAGUUUUCAGAUGGCUCAUAUGGAAACCACUUCAAAGGAAACCCAGCAGAAAGAUGGCAAUACUUGUCCCAAAGUGGCUCAUCCCCUAAAUGUAGGUGAUGCUUAUAAAUUGAAGACUUCUCAUCCUAAACAUAUAGAUACACCAAAAAGUAAAAGUACAAGUCAAAUAAAUCCAGUGCCUAAUUGUAAGACUUCAAUAUUAACAAAAAAGAUGGCAGAAAGAGAUGGAAAUGAUGGGGAUGCAUCAUGUAAUCCAGCAAUAUUGAACAUUAAUUGCAAGGAAAAUGUAAGUAAGGUACAUCAAAGAGUGCAGGAAGUUGUUGGAAAUACACCAGAUAAAUAUUGUGAUAUUCAAAGCAUGGGAAAUCCUGAAAUAGAUAAUAUGGAGAGUGAGAGCAUUGAUGAUGUUAGGGAGAGCGUUAGAACUGUAGUUAAUGUAAACAGCAUCACAAAUGAAACUGAUGACAUAAAUUGUAUGUUGAUCAAAGGACAAGCAAAACAGAUAGUUUGCAGUAAAGAUACUAAAAAAAUAACUGAGGGUACCAGUAAAGAGGAUUUAGUUAAUCGAACAUACAGCAGUGAUUCUAGUAUGAAUAAUACAAAGAAAACCCUAAAAAAUACCAAAAGUUCAGAAAUUGUUGGAAAGGCUGAUUGCAGUUUAGGUAAUGCAAGGAAAAGGAAGUAUACAGACACCGCAGAGAAAUUAAGAGGUAAGGAUUCAGAAUUGAAUAAAAAUGAAAAAAGGAAAAGAAAUGAAAAAAAUAGUCCUAAUGAGGAAGGAACAAGAGAGUCAAGGAAAAACAAAAAAGGAAAAGGUAGUAAAGAUGAUAACUAUAUCAUAGAUGAAAGAAAUAGGAAAGUGCAAGGGAAAAUUGGAAAUACAGAAAGAACUAGUAAUAGUAAAGGAAAGGUUCAGAAAAACGUAAAAGUUUUAAAGAAAGGAACUAGAUCCUUAGAAAAGCAACUUAAAGAGAAGGGUGACACCCUAAAAAAAAAGAAAUCAAGAGAAAUUAGUAUACGAGAUGAAAAAAGUGAAAAAACAAAAACCAAAGAAAAGAAUCGUGUAGAAAAUAAGCAAGCUAUGAAAGACCGCAAGGAAAAUAAAAAGGUGAUUAGAAGUUUACAGAAAAAUACUAAUAAGCAUAAUGAUAUUGGAAAGUCAGAUAAAAGAGAAUUACUCAAACCACUAGAUAAGGAAGUGGACAUGAACAUUUUGAGAACUGUAAUAAAAUAUGAACUACAGAAUGAAAAAAGAGAAGUGAAAAGUACUGGAAAAGUUAAUGAAACUUUAAAAAGUAAUAUAAGUAAAGUGAAUACUUCUUUAGACAGUGAAACUAGAGACCGUGAUAACAUUGCCCUAGUUAUCUACGAAAAUAGUGAUGGUAAAUCAUGUGAAAAUGAGAAGGAUGAUAUAAAUAUACAGGAAAAUAAAAGAAAAUCAGAAGAUGAUCACAAUCACGAAAAUCCUAGAACAAAGAAGAAUAAAGUAGAUGGAACGGUAAAUCCAAACGAGGAAACAGUAAAUGUGACUAGUGUUGCGGUGAACCAAGUCAGUAGUGACCAUAGCACAGGAGUUGAGAAAGAACAGGUGACUCCUAAUGAAGCCGAGUCAGUGCCUAACGAAACUGUGGGAAUUAAGGAAGAAUAUGUAAAUGUUAAAUCCGAAUUUGAAGAAAACAAUGAACCAUUAUGGGAAACGUAUAUUAAAACAGAACAAAUAGAAACCGUUGAGAGUUCAGAAAGUGUAGACUACCAUAAGAAGUUAGAACUUGAAUUUUAUCUAAAAGAGUGGAUGCAAGUCUGGGUGAUAAAGAAAAAUGUAUUUGAUGAUUUCUAUGACAUGCUUACUUCACUUAAAAGACCUGUUUGGAGAAAUGAAAACCAUUCAGAACUGUACAACAUUGAGGUAAAUAUGCGAAUUUUCUUUUUGAAUAUAUAUUGUAAUCAGUCCUGGAGCAUAGCAGACGUUUGUAAAAGCAUGCAAGAGUUUCCAAAAUUACCUGACUUUUUUGUUUCUCUAAGUAAGGUAUAGAUGUUAUUUGGAUUAUAAAAUACUUCAAUGUUAUUUUUAUUAUGUAUGUUUUGUUCAAUGCAUGUGAAUAAAACAUUAAAUCAG